AUGUCUCUUAACAUGAAUCAGUUGAGAUGCCUUGCACAGAAAGGGACACUCACUGAUGGAUCAGUAUUUGACUCUAGCUAUGACAACAGAGGUGAUCCCUUCGAAUUCACUCUUGGGAAUGGGCAGGUGAUAAAAGGUUGGGACCAAGGCUUACUAGUUAUGUGUGUCGGCGAAAAGCGGAAGCUAAGAAUACCCGCAAAGAUGGGUUACGGCGAGCGAGGAUCCCCACCAAAGAUUCCAGGCGGUGCAACUCUGGUUUUCGACACGGAGCUCAUCGCCGUCAAUGGGAAGACAUCUGCUGGCGCCGCCGCGGAGAGCGACGACAGCGAGCUUUGAUACAUACAUGGGAUGUAGUUUUGCUUGCGUUUCCACGAGUUCGUCGUCUGAAAGGGCCGCCGUUUCCGAACGAUUUUC